GCUCCAAAAUCUUGGAAUUAAUCCAGCUAACAUUGGGUUCAGUACGUUAACAAUGGAAUCGGAUAAAUUCAUCUGCAUCCGAGAAAAAGUUGGUGAACAAGCACAGGUUGUGAUUGUAGACAUGAGUGAUCCAACAACUCCCAUUAGACGUCCUAUCUCUGCAGAGAGUGCCAUUAUGAAUCCUGCUUCUAAAGUAAUUGCUCUGAAAGCGGGGAAAACACUCCAGAUCUUUAACAUAGAGAUGAAAAGUAAAAUGAAAGCCCACACCAUGGCUGAAGAAGUGAUUUUUUGGAAGUGGAUCUCUGUGAAUACCGUCGCUUUAGUGACAGAGACUGCAGUAUAUCACUGGAGCAUGGAAGGAGACUCCCUGCCGCAAAAGAUGUUUGACCGACACGCCAGUCUUGCUGGGUGCCAAAUCAUCAACUACAGAACAGAUGAAAAUCAAAAGUGGUUACUCUUAAUUGGCAUCUCGGCCCAGCAAAAUCGCGUGGUGGGUGCCAUGCAGCUCUAUUCAGUGGACCGCAAAGUCUCCCAGCCAAUAGAGGGGCACGCUGCAGCCUUUGCUGAAUUCAAAAUAGAAGGAAAUGCCAAGCCUUCCACUCUUUUCUGUUUUGCUGUGCGAAGCCCUGCAGGAGGCAAGCUUCAUAUAAUCGAAGUGGGUCAACCUGCCACAGGAAACCAGCCCUUUGUCAAAAAAGCAGUUGAUGUUUUUUUCCCUCCAGAGGCGCAGACAGAUUUCCCAGUUGCAAUGCAGAUUGGAACAAAGCAUGGUGUUAUCUAUCUGAUCACAAAAUACGGAUACAUACACAUGUAUGAUUUGGAAUCUGGCAUCUGCAUCUACAUGAACCGGAUUAGCGCUGAAACGAUAUUUGUAACUUCGCCUCAUGAACCUACCUCUGGAAUUAUUGGGGUGAAUAAAAAAGGACAGGUCCUUUCUGUUUGUGUGGAAGAAGACAACAUUGUAAACUAUGCCACCAAUGUACUACAGAAUCCUGACUUAGGUCUGCGGAUGGCUAUCCGAAGUAACUUAGCCGGAGCAGAAGAACUCUUUGCCAGAAAAUUUAAUACUCUCUUUGCGCAGGGGAACUAUGCAGACGCGGCCAAAGUGGCCGCAUCUGCACCCAAGGGCAUCCUGCGCACUAGCGACACCAUCCGGAAGUUUCAGAGUGUCCCAGCUCAACCUGGACAAGCCUCGCCCUUACUGCAGUACUUUGGUAUCCUCCUUGACCAAGGCCAGCUCAACAAAUUUGAAUCUCUGGAACUCUGCCGUCCCGUCCUUCAGCAAGGCCGUAAGCAGCUGCUAGAAAAAUGGUUGAAAGAAGACAAGCUGGAGUGCUCCGAAGAGCUGGGUGACUUGGUAAAGGCUGCUGACCCAACCCUUGCCCUCAGUGUUUAUCUCCGUGCAAAUGUACCAAACAAAGUAAUCCAGUGUUUUGCAGAAACUAGUCAGUUCCAGAAAAUUGUUCUUUACGCCAAAAAG